CCAUUUGGACAGUCGGUGCAUUGUGUAUACAACCUCUAUACCACGCCGCGGUCAUUUACUACCACUAGCUUCGCUAUCGUCAUCAUCGCCAUCGCAUCGUGAGUUUUGGCGUUCAUCGGGCGUUUCGUACGAACCAUGGAAGAAUUUGUUUUCGUCUCGAUACGUUAACGCGAACGAAACGAGCCGUGGGCGACGCGUACUGUGCGGAUCGUGUAUAUCGGGUGCAUCGAUUUUGAUAACAAGCUGAGAACACGAGAACGGGCCCGUGCGAACAAAGUACAGUAGGAGGCAAAUUGUGAACGAGAAGAAUCACGACAAUUUUCGGGGUGGACGUACACGCUGGAUACGUUCCUUGGCAGUGACCGAGAGUGUCUCGACAGUGUACCGUCUGAAGAAUUCUCCACCGUGCCAUGGAGCCGUCGAGAAAAGAGAAGAAACACAAGGAGAAAAGAAGGAGUAACGAAAAGAGGAAGGAGAAAUCUCGCGACGCGGCGCGGUAUCGUCGAAGCAAGGAGACGGACAUUUUUACCGAGCUAGCUGCCGCGCUUCCGGUACCACCGGAACAGGCGGCUCAUCUGGACAAGGCCAGCGUUAUGAGGCUCGCCAUCGCGUACCUUAGAGUUCGAUCGGUCGUCGAUACAAUGUCGACGCCAUUGCUAAAGUCUGAGACGUCCAGCGAAAUGCACGAGCUGUUUUCCAAAGCCCUGAACGGAUUCAUGCUGGUGCUUUCGAGCGACGGAAGUAUGGUUUAUCUUUCGGAGAACGUGAGCGAUUAUCUUGGCGUUUGUCAGUUGGACAUGAUGGGCCAAAGCGUAUACGAGUAUAGUCAUCCCUGUGAUCACGAAGAGUUGCGAGAGUGUCUCUCCUCCAAGCCAACCGAGAACAAAGAAAACGAUUCUUGCAGCUUCUUUCUGCGACUCAAGUGCACCCUGACCAACAAAGGACGGAAGGUCAACCUGAAGAGUGCUUCGUACAAGGUGAUCCACUGCAUCGGCAGAUUAACGUACAUUAGUAACCCUGUGUCGAGUUGUAUGGAAAGCGACGACGAGGAGCGCAGAAACGAGGACGAUGAUAUCGUUGAAUCUAAUACGGGUGCUUGUUUGAUACUAGUGGGAUGUCCCAUACCGCAUCCUAGCAACAUAGAGAUUCCCUUGGGACGUCACACUUUCCUUUCCAAGCAUAAUCUCAGCAUGAAGUUCACCUACGCCGACGAGAAGUUGGCCGAGUAUCUGGGCUGGAACAGCGAGGAUCUAAUGGGCCAAUCGGUUUUCGAGUUCUAUCACGCCCUCGACAAUAUGACGCUGGGCAAGUCUUUCAAAUCACUGUUCAGCAAGGGCCAAUGCGAGACGGUCGCGUACAGAUUCCUGGGGAAACGCGGAGGAUACGCGUGGGUGGUGACACAGGCCACCCUUAUUCACUGUUUGAAACAGCAGAAGCCAUUGUCCGUUGUUUGCGUGAACUACAUUUUAAGCGGCGUAGAGCACGAAGAUGAGGUGUACAGCGUGCGUCAGCUGGCAGCUCGUGACACCGAGCGUAACGUCGUGAAGUCGGAGAAGCCGGUGGACGCGAAGAGCAUCAGCAGGAAUACCGGUCAACCGUCCAAGCUCCAGCUACGCGUGCAGGUCAGGAGCAAGAAGCUGGUAGAGGUCGGGUUGGAUUCCAGCGAGAACGAGUACUCGUCGUCCAGCAACGCGGUAGAGGAGAAAUCGAGUUCGACGUUCGAUCGUGCGAAACCAUUGACCGUGACCACCUCGACGUUUCGCGCGACGGGCCAGAAGGCCGAAAAGGAGUCGGUUCGGGUUCAGGACGGCUCGCGGAAGGAUAACACCUUCCCGAGACCGGUCCACGAUACAGAGAAAUUCUUUGUCGGUGUUGAGGGUGCCGAGGACUCGGUCCAGGAGUCGGUCAAAGAGAACGAGGAACCGAAACGGAAGCAGCAGAACCGUAAUCGAGCUGCUUGCCGUGCCCCGUUCAUCUUCCAGGGCAAACCCGCGUUGGAAUACGAUCCGAAGGCCACGGUUCGACGCAACCGGCCGCAGGCGGUUACCAGACACCUGUUUGCACCGAUCUCCGACAAGCAACAGCAACAGCCACCGCAACAGCAACAGCAACAGCAACAGGAACAGAUUACCGCUGCUUGCAGACCACCGCCACAUACCACAACAGCGAGCACCUUCGCGCCUCGUACCGAGGACAUGAACAAGGGCUUCUUGACUUUCAGCGAGGAUCAUCCAGGCCUUACAAUGCUGAAGGACGAGCCGGAGGACUUGACGCAUCUGGCGCCUACGCCCGGCGACGUCUGCGUCCCCCUCGAAGACACGCCAUUCCUCACCGAUAUGCUCGACGAGUUCAUCCUCAGCAACGACAACUAUUGCCCGUUGCUGAGUCCCGGGGGCGCCCUGGCGCCCGAAUUACGCUCCUCGGAUUUCGGUGAUCCCCUGAAGGACACCGAUCUCGGCGACAGCUCGAGGGACAAGAGCCUCGGGGAAUCACUGCCCGACAGCGAUCCGUUCAUAUACGGUGACUCGCCGGAGAGUCCUUGCAGCAUCGAUCCAACCUCUGUCUCGCCUUCCUUCGCUAAAUACCGUCAAAGCCCAGAACGAAGCGUAGAUUCGCUGGGUAGCCCAACGGGUGGCAGCGGCACCGAGGGGCUGUCGGAGGACGAGAUGUUGAUGUUGGGUCUUAGCGACAGCAUCGCCGACGACGAGCUGGCGCUGAGAGCACCGUAUAUACCGAUGUCGGACCAGGACGAGGCUCUAGGUUUACUGAUCAGCAACGACAUGGUGAUGUGGAGUCCGCCACAGACCACGGACAAAACUUGUUCCAAAUGGAUGCUGGAGGAGAAGGAACACCGACAGUCCGACUCGAACACGGCGCAGCUCUUGAAGACAGACCAUCAGGUACUCUCCAGAAAGUACAACGACCAUGGAGGCGGUCUGGUAAAUCCGGUUCAAGUUCUCGGUCAAAUUCCUAGGAAAAGUGCCAGCCUAGACACCGGUCACUGGUCCUCCAAGUUGGACAGUCCCACCAAGCGUAUACACGCUGCCUCGAUAGACACAGUGCGUGAGAAUAAACGCAUCAAGUGCGACGAGUCGACGAGACACGGUGCGCCGUUGAUCCUGGAGGAUCAUCUGCUGCGCAAACAACAGCUUGCCGCGAGGAAGUCGACGAGCAUCGGCGGCAGCCAGUUGCUCCGUCGUCUGGUGUCCGAGCAAACGGUUCAACGGGCCAACGGUUAUCCCAGCGAGUCGUUGGACAGUCCCAUGGAGAACCGUGGACGGAGCAAUAACAACAGGUUGCCCAGCGAGCUGGACGCCGUGGACGAGGGGGAAUGGGACAGCGGCGGAGGCGGCGGCGGUGGAAACGAGGGCGGCAGACCCGACGACGGCCAUCGUCGCCAGACCCACGACGCCCCGCGAAACUCUCUGCGUCAGACCACGGCGACGGGCUGCAACAGCGUGCUAAUGAAUCUCCUGGUGUCCGGCUGCGACGAAAACUUGAUCAACUCCCGCAUCGUGCCAACGGCGCGUCCAACAAGCUUGACAUCGGCGCUGUCCGUGAACCUAGACAACCAAACGGUGCCUCAGUGUGCCCUAACAGGGGAAUCCAAUAUGGCGUACGAUCAAUUUGGCGCGGACGCAAGGAAAAACCUGUUGCCCGACACGUUCAUCGGCGAAAGAGGAUCUUCCCUCGCCGUCUCGCCGUCCUCUACGAUGAUAUCUUUCGACAACUUCGACUACGAUCCGACAAUGUCGACCAGCGGUUUGCUGCAAGUGCAACCGGAUCUGUUUGGAAGUCUGCUGGAUCGGAAUAUUGUAUAAAUGUCAAGUAUAAAUGUUUUAUUGCCAAGUAAGCCCACCGAUUCGUCGCCGAUCGAUGAGUACCAGAGAUAAUCGAUACGCGUUAAUAUCGAGCGCGGGAUAUUCACAUCGGUAUAGUUUGUGGCCAGUUAACCCUUUUGGUGCUGCGAUUUAAAGAGAGUACGCUGUGAGACCGGUGUGAAUCUUCUUAGCAUCGAAUAGGUUAAACGAUAGAGCCGACGCGCGUCGGGACGAUUCGACGUUUCUGUACGAUUUUCUAUGGGUGACGUUCAGAGAUAUCGAUAUUUUUUCACCGGUAAUCGUGCCGCGUGUCGUUUCGAUCCGUGGCUCCAGCGAUCGAGAUGUUUCUUCGAGCAACCAAGUGCCAAUGCAUUUUUAGUAAACUAGGUUAUGUACCAUUCUUCCGCGAGAUGAAGGCAGAACGUGUUUGCAUCCCCAUUCCUCUGUUGCUGUCCCCUGACUCGCUGAUAUUAGUCGAAAACGAUGACGAAGAUCGGUGACAGCCAAUCAGCGGAGUAGCAGCAAUAAUGGGGAUGUUAAACACGCUGUGCCUUCUUCUCGCGGAAGGACGAUAGGUGUUCGUUACGGAGGAACAGUGAUGGACAUUCGUGGGAAUUUUGAUCGUGCACACUGGAGUGCAUGAUCAUUGCCAUAUACACUUAACGAGAAUUUAGAGUUGGAUCCCAAUAAGGAACAAAAUUUAAGGAAGUUACAGGGAAAGAAACAAAAGCAAAAAAUUUCCUCUUAAUCUACAUGAGUAUAGCUAGAGAAAUACGUAGGGGGAUCUUCGAUGAGUUAAUUUUUGUGUGAUCGGCGAGCAUUUGAAGUAGAAAGUUCAAUUUUGUACAAAGCGAGAUACAUCUAUGGUAGCUGUGACGUCAGUUUACGCAUGCGCAGAAAGGAAUCUCGCGAGGGAAAAUUCCAGUACGCAUAACCAAAGUUCCCACAAUGUCCAACGAACUUCGUUACGGAGGAAGCGUUUUGCCCGUAAAGUCGAUCGGUUUACAAUUCACGCGAAAUAGAAUCAAAUUUUUGUUACGAAUGUUACGUUGCUUUUAUGAGAACUGCAAGUAAGUCUACUCGAGAACAUCGGUAGUCUUGCAAUUAGACCAAUGAUGCCAGGUUACAAGAACUUUGAAUCUCUUCUCCGAUUGGGAGUGGAAACAGGGCGGUACGACCAUAACAAUUCAUCCCACAUGGCGUCAAUGGAGAAAUAGAUGAUCCGGUCUUUAUUCGAAACCAUAGAGCACGAGUAUCCGUUUGUAGACAAUCGAUAGUUAUCGAUACGUCGGAACGGUGACGAAUAAAAUUCUAACGUUUCAUUAUUGCAUUAAACGCGUUAUCAUUUUCUAUGAUAAUUCGGUUGCGUGGGACGAGUGCAUUUAAUCGCGCGUGCGCGCGACGUGUGACGUGUUUUCUCAUAUCGAAUUACUUGUAUAUUUGUCUAUGAAAUUAGGAAAUUUAAACGAUAAUCGAUGUUUUAUGGAACGCGGACGCGAAUUAGAAAUUGUUAACAGGGGGAAUAGAAUUGCUAUGAAACACGUGUUGUUACUGGCAGAUGAGCCGUAUUAGCGACGGGCCGUAUACGAUGGGGAAUCGGUCGAUCGCGGUACUCGUCGUCGUUGUUACUGUUUUUUAAUAGUUUUUAUCAAAGCCAAUCCGAUUAUCAGUUGUUAUUAUCAUACAUAUAUAAUGCAUCACGAUUAUCGUUCUUUGUAGGCGUACAAAGAACACGGUGAGUAUGCUGAUAUGUAUUUUUCUUCGUACAGUAAAUGUAUAACGGCAUACUAAUUUUAUUAUUUUUACUGUCAUCUGUAUUUUUAUUCUCGUAAUACCAUGUUUAUUAACUAUUAAUCUUUACCUGUAUUGCCAUGCUGGUAUGGAUCAAUAUUAUUACGAGAGUAUGAGUUACGAUAAACAAAUAAAUGGUCUUUCUAAUAAAUACCUUUCUUCUAUUCUACACAUCGUGUCUAUUGUGUUAUUGGUAUUUUUAUUUUACCCAAGAGUAAUUAUUGAAAACAGAAGCAACUCUUUCUUUAUUAUUUCUACGUAUGAGUGUACAUAUGUAUAUUAUUUCAGA